AUGUAUGCGGAUGAUACUCAAAUCUUUUCAUCCUCUUUUGAUGCAAAUGAACUUAUUAUAAAAUUAAAAUCGGAUCUUGCCCAUGAAUGUAGCUGGCUUAAAGAAAACAAGUUGCAGAUGCAUCCAUCCAAAGGAAAAAUGAUGUUUAUUGGUUCCCCAUAUAACAUUCAUAAUUUGAUGUGUGAUGUACCCGUUAUGGCUAAUGCAAAACCCAUAUCACGAACUACUACACAAAUGUGUUUGGGGAAUAAAUUAGAUGAAAAUCUUAACUGGGGUAGUCACAUUGAAAUGAUAUGUAAAAAGGUGAGUGCAGGGAUUGGCGUUAUGAGACGCAUAAGACCCUUUGUUGCUAGACAUACCCUAGAAUCUGUUUUUUUAAAGCAGCCUGACUUCGAUUACUGAUCCCCUCUGUGGGAUACUUGUGGUAAGCUGCUCAGAGACAAGUUGCAAAAAUUUCAGUUUCGUGCAGCGAGGGUCUUAACAGAUGCAAAAUAUCAUACUUCAUCAAUCGAUCUUCUUAGUAAUCUUUCUUGGGACACACUUGAAACUAGAUGGUCUUGUGCCAAGUCAGUAUUGAUGUACGAGAUACUUAAUGAACACACUGCGCCUGCUCUUCGAGAGUCUUUUGUGAGCAGAGAAAUAGAUCAAACUAAUUAUCACCUCCGAAACUCUGCAACAAACCUAAGUCUCCCUAGGCCGAAUCGAGAGUCCCUUGAAAAAAUUCAAAUAGCGGCGCUAUGCUUUAAUUGGAAUCGGCUCCCAGACGAAGCAAAAUCAGCCGAGUCAAUAUAUAUGUAUAAUUAUAUAAAAAAUUGCUAA